UCAGUUUUUCAGGGUUUGUCAAAAAACAAUCCACGUCUCAUUUCACGCCGUUUCUCGAGACUGCAGGCUGUUAUUAACAAUCUGAGCGGACAGACCGCGAUGCACUAUCGCUAAAUUAAAACAACACGCUCUAUCACUAGCGUUUGCUUAAUUUUAAGUAUAACAACAAUAUAACGAUGUGGCAAUGAUACAAUGUGACAGAUAUAAAACGGAAAAAUUGCUGUAAUAAAUGUUACGAUCACAGUUAAAGUCGCUAUGCGCAGUAGAGCUUUUGGUCUGAUUGGCUGUUGCUAGGAUACCAGCUGUCGGCGUCCCAGUGUAAACAAAUUCAGGUCAUUUGGAGUUUCUGAGGAGAUGCCUGAAGUGCAAAGUUUCGAGAAGAUGCCAAAACAGCUCAAGGAAACGAUGAGUUUACCACCUCCUGGGAGAUGGAGCUGGAAAGAUGAAACUCAAACCCUGGAGUUUGUUUGUUUUAAUACAUCUGUGGAGACUAAAAAGAAGAGAAAAAAGACAACAUCUACAUAUCAAGAGUCUUUUAGGAAGCAUCUAGAAAGGAUCUCACAAUGCAAGCCGUCAGCCAGAGGAGGGCACUGUGGUCUCAGGAAAACUGUGGGUCCAGCUGAGCUGAAUGCCUACAAGUCUGCUGUCAAACGUUCACAGAGGGACUCAGUUACAAUCGAGCACGUUAAACAGGUUGCAGUCUCAUUAGUGCAGGAAAAUGAAGCACUGCCCAUUCCACUUUGCUUUAUGACUGUGAUAAAGAGUCGAGAGAUUGAUGACCUCCUGGCCAGUCUCUUGUUGUACCUCUACUACCACUUGGAGAAGAAAGCUCUGGAGGAGUGGCCCAAGCCCCGCAUGGCGGAGCAGAGUGUGACGGAGAGGCAGGUGAUGGCAGAGACUAGUGCUAAAUUGGACCUGGCCAAGAAGCAUCUGGCCUUCUGUUACUCCAGUCUGGUGUUGGGAGUGGGCCUGUCGCAACAUCAUCACAUGGCCUGUGGCAGGAGCAGGGUGUCAUCCACUUACAGAGACAGGCAGCUCUAUGAGUGUCUGUACAGCUUCUUCAGCUAUGUGGCAUGGGUUACCUUUGGAAGGAGGGACCUGAAGGGAAUCCAGGCUGAGAUUGGUCGCUUGUUCCGAUCUGACACCUUUAAUCCUGCCCUGAGGAUUGAAAAGCAGGAGCCGGAGCAGGACGAGGAGGAGCAAGAGAUCACCCAGACAGAGGGCCAGUCUGAGCCUGGGGAGUCCAGACAAACUGUCCCAGCCAACAGGAAAUCUAAGCAGCGGCCAGCUCGGGGCAACAUUCUGACCCAGCGCUCACCCCUCAUGGUGUCCCUUCUUCCUUCCCCGAAAGAAAAAGCCCCUCAUUUGUUCCAGAGAUCCUUCAGCCACACACAGCAGCCACCUAAACUUAGAGAGGCUGAGGUUCUGAUGGAAGAGCUCAGUCAACAGUUAGCCUCGCUCAGCUUUGGUGUACUGGGAAAGCCUCUGAGCCAGUUUAGCUGCACCACACUGAUGCCUCAUGGAGCAGAGGAUGAGGGUGAAGAGGGAGACAAUGAAGAUAACACUGAGGAAGAUGAAAAUGAAAACACAGUGCAGUAUGAAGCACAUAUUAUGGAGGGCAAGACCUCCUUCAUUGUCCAGAGAUCCACCACAGCAUCAGCAGGCAAACGCAGCAGCCUAAGCCGGGCUAACGCUUCCAGAGCCACCACAGAGGUGCUGUCAUCAGACACCGACUGACCAUCACUGCUGUGUGUUUGUGUGUGGUGUGUCCAAUUGUCUACAUGAAACCUUAAAUAAUAUUUUACAUGAAACGUAAAGAUGGAGUUAUUACUUGGUUAUUAAGUCAAUAACUCAAUAAUAAAACAAUAAGCCACGAAAGCCUGUGCAUCACUACUAAUUUAUUAUGAUUUUAUCACUCCCCCAUGAUAAAACCGCAGUAAUGCACAGCCUCAACUGGCUUAUUGCUUUUAUAAAACCAGCAGCCAACAUAAAAUAUGAUAAAAUACACUAUUUUUAAACUUUUUGUCAUAUAACAAUAAACAUAUGAUAACACGGCACUGUUAAAUACAAAAAUGUUCGCUUUAUAAGUACUUUUUGGGCACAAAAUGACCACUGCGAAUCUUAUUUAGUCCAGUGGUGUACCUCUUCUCGUUCUGGGGCUGAAUCUGAAAGCUGUUCUAGAUCAGGCUGGAUCUAGUUAAGAACACAAGUUGUAAGCCCCUCAGUUUAAAUGAAACUUCAUCAUUAUACUCAAUGUUAGUCAAUAUGAGCAGCAUGAGAGUCAUAGAUAAUUCCAUUAACAGCACAAGAGAUUUUUUCUGCCAUGGCAUAGUAAUGCACAAUUCAGUAAGUCACAAUUCAGCGGAAAGUCAUAGGUGUGCAUAUAUCGUAUCAGCCAAUCAGAUUUAAGGAAUGGAACUAUCCAUUGUAUAAUAGAAGUUUUGGAAUGUUAAGGGAUUUAA